GUUCAUUUUCCACCGGUGCGCGCCACAUUUUAAACACAUGUAUUUUGAGUGAAUUUUGCACCUUUCAGAAAAGAUGCCACUUCUAGGACGAAAAAUCUAUAGCUGCUUGAAGCCCCUGAAUGAUGUAAAACCGGACGAAACGGUAUACACGAUUCCUCAUACAAAGGAACAGUUCCGAUCAAAAGCUGAGUAUGAGAAACAACUAAGUGUGUAUAAUGACAAAGUGUGGACCUGUCAGUGCACGGGACACAUCAACCUCACUCAUGAAGAGGCUUGGAAUUCCGAAAAGGCUGUCCUCAAAGUGGUCAAGUCUCAGUUCGCCAAGUGUUUCGAAAAACCCGUCCUUGAGAUUGUCCAUCAUAACAUGCUGUCAUUGGAUCAGCUUGUAGAUAAGGCAUGGCUAACAGUACAUCAAGUUAUCUGCGUGGGUGAAAAAGUCUCUCUCAAGGUCAAGAAUGCAGGAAAGAGCAUCCAGGGUGUUGUGACACAAAUAGAUUCAAGCUCCACAGUGACAAAUCCAGCAAGCAACUGUAGCUCUCCGUCAAGUGACAAAGAAAACACGUCAGAAGAUUGCAAAGAAGGUUCUCCUAAAAAGUGGACACUUCCAAAGCUUUUGCCGUACACGUACACUUUGAAAUUAGAAGAUGACACAAUUAUUGUUUCUGUGCCUGCAUCUGAUAUUACACGGAAUGAAAAGCUUCCAUCGAAAGAAUUGAUGAGGUUAUUCAUUCGAUCAACGGGAAUUCGUCAUGGUGUGAAUUCCAGUAGUCCAUGGGUCGUCAACGAUUCUUAUGUGAAAAAAUAUUCACUCCCCAGCAAGUUUGCCGACCUGUUUGUCUCUCCAGCUAAGAUGGCUGAAGCUGCAUCUCGUGCCAUUGAGGAAGCUUCUAAAAAGCGAAAGCACAAGAAACAAGCUAAUGGGACGAAAGCGAAGAAAAUGAAACUUGACAGCAGUUCUAAAGUUUCUGGUAGCGAUAAGAAAAAGAAGAGCAAUAGUUUUGUCAAGAAGAUGAAGCAUGCGGAGAAGUCGCUAAAGAAGAAAAGUCCCAAAAAGGAGAAAAAAUCUAUUGAAAUCAUUGACUUGGGUUCGAGUGAAGACAGUUCAGACGAGGAGGUUCUAGCCAAUAUUAAGAAGCGCUUGGAUUCUGAUGAUGAUACACCAUUAUACAAACUGGCUUCACCGAAGAAACUGAAACAUGUUUCAAAUUCGGACUCUGAUUCUGAUUCACCACUGUAUAUGUUAGUAAAAAGUCCAAAGAAGAAACUUUCUACUUCUAAACAGUGUACACCCAAGAAAUCCAAGGGAGAUAAAAUGUUGAAGAAGUCCCCAUCAAAAUCGGGCAAAAAAACACCUACUAAAUCUAAUAAAAAAAAGGGAUUGAAGCAAAUGACACUGUUAGAUAUAGCAAAGAAGAAAGGAAUGAAAACCCCUGUAAAGAAUCUGAACAAGAAGAUCCGCGCACCGUCGCCACCGCGCACUCCACCAAUAGUGAAAAGGUUAUUAAACCUUCACAAGAACAAUGAGAAGGUGAAGUUUGGUCUGCUGGUGAAGAGAGCCAUUCUUGUGCUGGAUGCCAAACAGCGAGCGAAACUACCUGUGGAGAUUAAAGAGCUUGUGCAGAAGAAGUACGAAAUUCAUCAAGAGAAGAGAAUGAUGGAAAAGAUGACACCUGAAGAGAAAGAAGCUUUCCUUCAAAUGAAGAGAAAGAAAGAAAAGCAGAGGCAGCUGGAGAGACUGAAAGAGCUUCGGAGGCGUUUUGAGGACCAAGGAUUGAACUUGUCGCCACUACCAAUUCCUAAACCUGUGGCAACACCAGAUGGUUUGCCAAAUGAAGCGUUUGGAGAUGUUGCCAUGGUUACGGAGUUCAUUAGUUGUUAUGGUGGUUUGCUGAUGCCAGAGGAUAAAUAUCCAAUUCAUACAGAUGCGCUAAUGAAAGCUCUUGUAUCUGGUAAAAGUGGCUAUGGAUACCUGACUCGAGUUCUGGUCAUUCUGCUUCAAACACUGUUACAGGACCAACUUGCAGAGGGCUAUUCCGAAUUGAAAGUUCAGCUGUCCGAUAUACCUGUCAAUAACUACACAGUGUCCGAACUAGUCCGACUGUGUCUGCGUAAAAAUGACACAGAUGAUUGUGAUAGUGAGGAGUCGUUUGAAGAAGAGGACCAGGAGGUGCCUGAUGGCAUCAUUGAGUUGCUGGAGCAGCAUGAGUUGUUUGAGCUGGAUCCCCUACAGAAGCUGGAGGUGCUGAAGGGUCUGUGUCUGCGAAUCCUCGGCUCGUACUCCGUGCAGGACUACAUGGAGGAGAAACAGAAAGAGUCGUCAGCCCUCUACCGUAAAAUGCAGCAAGAACAAAAGAAGAAAAAUGACGAGUUACGAGCUGAAAAGGAGAAGAGGAAGGAACAGCAGCAAGGAAAAGAAGAAAAGGAAGAUAAAUCAGUGACUAAAGAGGAAAACGCCAACAGUGAUGAUGGUUCCAAACCAGGGUUAACUCUGACCAGUUUCUAUGGUAUUCAAAAUUCCAACUCGACAACGGGAGAAGGAACGACGAACACCUCCGUAGAUAGUGAAGUGGAAGGGGAUAACUUGGCGUCUGUUGUAAAGAGACGUCGCAUGAUGGUUGCACAGGCCGCUGUGGAAAGGGAGAAGAAAGAAAAAGAAAGAAGACUAAUUUUAGAAAAAGAGUAUGAAGAAGAAAGAAAGCUGAAAGAGAAAGAAAAGUUUGAUGAACAAUUUAAGACUGGUAUUACUCUGGCAAAGAAAGUUCUGAGAACGAGUCCAAUCGGUACAGACCGAAAUCACUGUCGGUAUUGGAUCUUCAACAGCUGCACGCCGGGUCUCUUCAUAGAGAAAGGUAGGGGAACCCCUCACGCCGGCCAGAACCUGUGGUUCACGUUCGACUCUGUGAAAGACUUGGAGAAACUGAUGAGCAGUCUUCAUCCCCAGGGUGCCCGGGAGAGUGCGCUGCGGCAGGAAGUGAAGAAAAACUAUGACAACAUCAGCAAAAACAUCAUUCAGGCACAACGAACAAACUUGGAGCUAAGAGAUUCAGAUGGGGAGGUGGAAAUGUUGGCAGGAUUCAGAAAGGAAUUACUGGACACUGAGUUGCGAUUACGAAAUGGUGGACUAGGGGGAGUGCCUGACUUUGCUAAAUGGGAAGAAAAGAUUCUCUCCACCAAGGAUAUCUCCGAACUCGGAUCAUGUUUGAAGGACGUGCAGGCUCAUGUUCUUGAAAAGUUCCUUAAAGGUUUUAUGAAGCCAAAAGUGCCGAAGGCACAGACGACCAUUAUCCACAAUACUGAGGAUAAUGUCAAAGAUGAGGAAGUGUAUGGUGAUGAGGAUGAUGAAGAUGACAAGAAGGCGUCGUCACGGAUCGCCCAGUGGCGAGACGCGAUUGACAGCUGUCAGACUCUGUCCCGCCUCCACGUACUCCUCGGGAUGUUUGACUCGUGUAUCAAGUGGGAAAAGUCAGCAGAGAAUGCCAAAUGCAAGAUCUGCCGUAAGAAGAGUGGGGAAGAUAACCUCUUGCUAUGUGAUGAGUGUAACCAGGCAUUCCACAUGUACUGUCUCCGACCAGCCUUGACCUACGUGCCCAAGGGCGACUGGUUCUGCCCUGCUUGCAUUCCAGCCUCUCAGCGACGAGUGCGAACUCCCAGAUACAAAGAAUCUCAUGACUAUGCGUUGUUUGAGGCGGAGGAGGAUGAGGAGGAGCCGGAGCAGGAGAAGAUUGAACACGAGGAGAACUGCGUGGUGUGUGGCAAGGACCAGGAACUGUUGGCCUGUUACACGUGCCCCUCGGUCUACCACCUCGACUGUCACGACCCCCCUCUCCGGCGAUCACCCAGGGGAGUGUGGACUUGCUCUGAUUGUAAAACUGGAGGUCCAACAAAAGGAACCAGAUCUAGAAAGGGUAAAAGACCACAGCGGAGAGCUGUGGUUAAGUCGAAAUAUGUACCUGAGACUUCGAGUGAUGAAUCCAACAAUGAGAGUGAGAAGGAGAACACAGAAGAUGACAUUACGCCUCAGCGAGUGCGGCGACAGAAGAAAACGACGAAACGAAAGUCGCCUGUCAAGCGGUCACGGAGGUCGAAUGAAGACUCUGAAGAAUCAUUCUCAUAUUCACGAACAAACAAGCGAGCUCCAUCCGAACUAUCAAUCUGUGAAGAUAUUCUGGCGAGAUUGACGAAACAUGCGUCGAGCUGGCCGUUCGUUCACCCAGUCAACAAACGAGAUGUGCCAGACUACUACAGCGUGAUCAAACACCCGAUGGAUUUCCAGACGAUCCGACAGAAGCUGAUGAGGCUGAGCUACUCGUCGGCCCAGGAAUUCAUCAAGGACAUCGCUCUCGUCUUCAAGAACUGCAGCGACUACAACAAGGUGGACACCGAUGUGUACAAGUGCAUGGAACAGAUGGAGAAGGAGUUUAUGCGACUGCUUGGCGACAGUCUGCCGUUCUACUCCUACAGCCGCAACACCACCAGUGUGGAUGACGGUGGACGGAGGCGCGGCAAGAAGACUUGAUAUCGGCGUGCUGUAGAAGAGUUCGUACUGUACCCUGUAUAUUUAUACUAUUGACGUUAACUGGUGGGAUGCCACUGUACAUAUAUUGUUAGUGUGUCGUGCCAGUCAUUGUUAUUGUCUUUUGUUGUUUUAGUGAUCCACUAGGAGAUUAAAAUGAAAUUGCUGCAUAUGUUUGUGGCACUUGGGACGCAACAUGAAAAGGUAGUAGUCCGAAAAUGUUAUAAUUUUUUUUUUUUUUUUUUUGUCUUCUUUUUAUUAUUUUUUUUUUUUUUUUUUGUUUUUUUUGCUAUUCUGUUAUGUUGCUUACUAACUGUGGUGCAGUUUAGACGUGUUAAUAAUUCAUGAGUAUUUUAACAGUGUGUGUUAAAGAGAUAACAUGAGGCAUUGUCUGUCAUCUGUUCACAUAUUUUGUUAAAGAAGAUCAAAUAUAAGUGAUUAAUUUUUAGCAUUUAGGUCUGCAUUACGCUUUUGUGUUUUGUUCUGUUUCUUAACAAUCAUAUUUUUUUAGGUCAACCUAAUUUUAUACAGUCAGUCAGUCAUGCGCAGUGAACUCAGGUAUUCAUAGCCAGGUCUGUACCUUGCCAAUCUUACAGUGUAUGCGAGGUGUGCUGUUUUAACAAUCAAUACCCCACAGUCAUUUAUUUAGACUUGCCUCCCUUACAUUUUGCAUGUUCUUGUAUUAUGAAUAUCUCCAGAAUGUGGUAUUUAUUUGCAUACAAAUUUAAAAAGCUAUAUCCAGUUUAUGAAUGAUUUUCUGCAAGGUAUUAAGAACCUGAUCUAAAUGAAACUGAAGUAAAUGAUAGUUAGCCAAGAUACAUUAAGAAACAUCAACCCGUUCAACAAAAUUGUGAACUAUUGUAUCCACACACAAUUUUAUUCAAUUUUACUAUAUAAUGAUGAUAAAGACAUUUUCAAACCGUGUGAUAAAUUUAUCUUGUAUCACACACAUGUGCGAUCUGGACCGGAACAAAUGGGGAAUUCCCUUUUUAUUUUUACUGGUUUUGGCGCCUUUUUGUUACUGACGUCAUGUAUGAUUUACAAAUGACGUCACAUCGUAUUUGAAACAUUACACAAGACUGCCGCAAAGUAUGAUUGUUAAUGUUAAGUAAAUCCAUGAAAGGAGGAUUUAUUAAUAGAUUUAAGAAAGUGUAGUUAUGACAUUAAAUUAAAAACCGUUUUUGGAAAAAAUAAAAGAAGUUAUGUAAUAAAUACAGAACUUCACAUACAUUGUUUUCACUUCCUAUUUAUUGCACUCGUUUAUUUUGUGCAAGAACAUACCAUGCAUUUAUCACUGUGGCAUAUUCUUGAAUUUAAUGAUUUAGAGCACAUGCAAUGAUAAGUAUCAUUAGGAACCACAAUUUAACGAAUCCUUGCCGAAUAUGUAUUUUGGUAACUGCACGAAAAAACCCCACCAUGGGUCAGAUUUUACCAAAACAAUGUUUAGAAGCCAUCCGUGAUGAAAACUUUCUGAAAUAUGCCACUGGCAGAGAAUUGCCAAAAAUCUACUGAACUUAAAUUAAUUUUAUUGAGUAUUAUAAAAUGAUUAUAGAGAGAGAGACCUUAAUUUUUAAUAUUUUACAAGCGCUGUAAAAAUAAGUAAAUGUGACUAUGUGGAAAUGUGUACUUAAAGGAGGGGUGCCAUAGGUGAAUUGCACAAUUGUAACUAUCACCAAUUAAAUGAGGAAAGCAAUUGCUUGUAUAAAUGGAGGAUAAUCUUCAGCUUACCUUGAUUUCUCUUUUGUUGCAGACCGACGUAUAUUUAUCCAUUGAUGAACUGAUGGAUUUCGCUAAUGCUCUUUUGUACAGGAGUUAGUGUCUUGGAUUAGUUCCAUUGUACAUUAUGUUAAACUAAUGAAUGCAAAUAUUCAAGUCUAUGUCCCUGUAAAUAUUUAAAGUAGCAGCUUGUUUGUGUCUUGUCAAUUUUUGUAAUUGAACACAUUCUCAGUUUUGUGUUAAAUUGACGAUACCAAAAUAUAGUUAUCAACCAAAUAGGUGCCAGGUAAACUGGUUUCUGAACAUGUAACUUUCAAAUUGCCAAAAAAUACUUUUUGUGUUCAAAAUGUUUAUUCACAGAAAAUAAUACUAGUUAAAAAUGUUAAUUUUUUGUUUCUUUUUCAAAACCAUUUAUCUUUUUCCUAUACUAAAUAUUUAUCUUUUUCCCAUACUAAAUCUAACAAGAACUAACUUUAUUGCUACAAAUGUAUGCAGAUUGUUUUAGUAUAGUUGAUUACAUUCAUGUAAUUUUAUGUCUGUAUUCUUCAGUGACUGUCGCGGCAUUGUACAAAUGGAAUAAAUUUUCUUUGUCUUUAUGGAGAUUAUGAAUUACACAGCUAUUUUUCUAACUUAGGUCAAAAGUAACUUUCUAUUGGCUGGAAGAUGUACAGUUUAUCAAUAUUAUUCGUUUGUUACAUUGAUGAACGUCCAUUUUGACAUCCAUGUAUUUAACCGAAUCAUGUUGAUAUUCACAUUCAAGCUAAAGAGGUCGUUUGACUUUAUUAGAGGUUCAAUAUUAAAACAAAUGUAAAUAGUGUCUCUAUCUAAAAUGUCUCUGCAUUUGUGUCGGACAUUUGUGUGACAAGACCUUAAUUUCAUACCUCCAUCUUCACUCGUUUGUAAUUAUUGUAAGUUCAUUUGUGUCGGACAUUUGUGUGACAAGACCUUAAUUUCAUACCUCCAUCUUCACUCGUUUAUAAUUAUUGUAAGUUCAUUUGUGUCGGACAUUUGUGUGACAAGACCUUAAUUUCAUACCUCCAUCUUCACUCAUUUGUAAUUAUUGUAAGUUCAUUAGAAAAUAAUGACAUUUCUUCAGCCAUCAAAUUGAUUCAACCAAAUAUUUAGGUAUUAUAACAAAACAGAGACCACAAUAAUUGAUUUGUUUUAAUUUUCUUGUCAUUGCCACAUUAGUUGAGAAACAACUACAUUGUAACAACAUGUAUAAUUUUUUAAAGCUACGCAAUUCUGAUGUAUUUAGCAAAUUAAAAUUUAUAUAUUUCCCACUUUAAUCAACUGACAUUUUUUAAAAUAUUUUUUUUACAAUUCUUUGUUGAAAUAAAUGAAACAUAACAACUUCCUGUCUCAUGAUUGUAUUUCACUUAAAACUUGAUAAAUAUAGCGAUUAGAUAGUCAUUUGGACUUACCUUUAACUUAAUAAAUAUAGGUUUUUAAGAAAACAUUAUUUGAACUAGGUGGCUCUACUAGCCAAAUACUGAAAGUAAUGAAAAAUUAACUCUAACGUUUUGUAUUUUAGCUGCAACUUGGCCAUGGUUGAUGUGAUAGUGCAAUAAGAUGUCGCUCCCAUUUGUAACUUUAACUGUCGCCAGCCCUUGGUGCUACUUAAGGUCUAUAGUGGUAGUAAAAAGGGGCGGAUUUGAUUGUCAAGUUGUCCAAUGUGGGAAGGCAGUUGUCUGGUCACUGAUAUUUACAUCUUAUUUAUUGAAGCAGAUGGGAUGUCUCAAGUUACUAAAGUUUGUUCAUUCAGCCAUACCAUUAUAGCACAUUGAUUAACUAAUUAACCAUCCUCUGUUGGAUAUCUGACAUUUGGUAAUUGUGACAGUCUUUAGCAGGGUUUCUAGAUUAUGGUAGCCCCACUCCCAUGGCUAGUGAUAUUCAGUGUUGGGCUAGUAAAUAAUUACUAUUGCCAUGCCCAACGGCUAGUG